AUGGAUCCUGAAAAGAUAAAAGAGAAAAUCGUUCGUUUUCGAAUCCUCAUCAUAGGAAGAGCGAACGCAGGAAAAACGACCAUCCUAAAGAGGGUUUGCAAUACCAAAGAGAACCCAGAUAUAUUUAAUGGUGCCGGGGAGAAGGUGCGCAUCGUGAUGCUACGUGGGGAACACGACAUCGAGCACGAAAUGGUGUUUCGAAAAAACCCAGGCUUCAUCUUUCACGAUUCACGUGGUUUUGAAGCAGGCGGCGAAUCCGAGUAUGAUGGGGUGAACGCAUUUAUCACAGAACGUUCGAAGAAAGAAGUCAUAAAGGAUCGUAUUCACACAAUAUGGUACUGUAUCCCAAUGGAUAAAGCAAGCAGGCCGUUCACCGAAGCUGAACUCAAAUUUUUCUCCCGCUGUGAUACCGGAAGCAUCCCAGUGAUCGCAAUAUUUACGAAAUUCGAUGCACUCUACGCCAACGAAUUCACACAACUGAUAGAAGGCGGAACAUCGAGGAAGGACGCCAAGAAACUGGCUCCGAAGCGCGCCGAGGAGACAUUUGCGAACUGGUCGCAAUUGAAGUUUCUUUACCACUCCAAGGAUAUUCGACGGCCACCAAAAUGUCACGUAUGCCUCUCUGACAUGCACAAGGAUGAUGCAGACUGUGGGCUACUGAUCGAGCGCACGGCUGAAACUCUGGACAGUGAAGUCCUUCAGCAAUUGUUCGUCUCAACUCAGCAAACCAACUUGGAGCUCUGCGUGAAAUAUGCAGUAGAAAGGUAA